GUCUUGUAGUCAUUGCAGCGUCAGUCGUUACAGCGACCCUGCCAACAAAUACUUCUGAGCACGGUGCUGGAGAUUCUUUAGACCACAACUCUACAGCGAAGCGGCAGCUUAAACCAACUGCACAGCUGUUAGGACGAAGAAUUGUAAUUUGUCUGUCCCUUCAUUAAAGUGUACAAAUUUGCACCAAUGGCGAACCAGUGUGUGACCAAGGUGGAGCUUACGAUCUCCUGUGAAAACCUAAUGGACAAGGAUGUCACCUCCAAGUCUGACCCCUUGUGUGUUCUGCUCAUGAAUACAUCUGGCGCCCAGUGGCAUGAGGUCGACCGCACAGAGAAAAUUCAGAACUGCCUGAAUCCAAAGUUUGCCAAGAAGUUUGCUAUUGAUUACUACUUUGAAGUGGUUCAGAAGCUUAAAUUUGGUAUUUAUGAUAUUGACAACAAAACCAUAGACCUGAGUGAUGAUGACUUCCUGGGAGAAUUUGAGGUCUCUCUGGGACAGAUUGUUUCCAGUAGGAAACUAACUCGGCCGCUGGUUCUGAAGAACAAGAAACCUGCAGGAAGAGGAACCAUUACGAUCAUUGCAGAGGAAAUAAAAGACAACAGGGUCGUGAACUUCGAAGUUGAGGCCAGGAAACUGGACAACAAGGAUUUCUUUGGGAAGUCAGACCCAUACCUGGAGUUCUACAGACAGACAGAAACAGGAUGGGAGCUCGCCCACAGAACAGAGGUGGUUAAGAACAACCUUAACCCUUGCUGGAAGCCCUUUAGAAUUUCCUUACGGUCACUCUGUGGAGGAAAUAUGGAGAAGCCCAUUAAGGUGGAAUGCUAUGAUUAUGACAACGAUGGAUCACAUGAUCUUAUUGGCAUAUUUGAGACCACUAUGACCAGACUACAAGAGGCUACACGAGUUUCACCAGCAGAGUUUGACUGUGUGAACAUCAAGAAGAAACAGAAGAAGAAGAACUAUAAAAAUUCAGGCGUUGUCAGUGUGAAACUGUGCCAGGUUGUGAAGGAGUACUCAUUUUUGGACUACAUAAUGGGGGGUUGCCAGAUUAAUUUCACUGUUGGGGUGGACUUCACAGGAUCUAAUGGUAACCCGAAAUCACCUGACUCUUUGCACUAUAUCAGUCCUCAGGGAGUUAAUGAGUAUCUCAAUGCCAUCUGGUCUGUUGGCUUGGUCAUUCAAGACUAUGACAGUGACAAACUGUUUCCUGCUUUUGGUUUUGGAGCCCAGAUCCCUCCCCAGUGGCAGGUGUCUCAUGAAUUCCCUCUCAACUUCAAUCACUCAAAUCCAUACUGUGUUGGAAUUGAGGGUGUGAUAGAGGCCUACAGGAUGUGUCUGCCACAGGUCAGGCUGUACGGCCCCACAAACUUUGCCCCUAUCAUCAGGCAUGUGAGUCGCAUUGCUGCAGACGCCUCCCAGCAGAACACAGCCUCGCAAUACUUCAUCCUCCUCAUCAUCACAGAUGGCGUGAUCACAGACAUGGACCAGACACGUGCAGCCAUAGUUGCAGCCUCCCGUUUGCCGAUGUCCGUCAUCAUUGUUGGUGUGGGCAAAGCCGACUUCACUGACAUGGAGAUUUUGGACGGGGACGACGGGCGCUUGAGGUCACCCACGGGUGAGCCGGCGGUGCGGGACAUUGUGCAGUUUGUACCUUACAGACAGUUCCAGAAUUCUCCUAAAGAAGCAUUGGCACAGUGUGUGUUGGCUGAGGUUCCUGGGCAGGUGGUGACUUAUUUCAACAUGUUUAAGCUCAGCCCACCUAACACAAACACUCCACCAGAGGCAACUGAUACACCCAGUCAGAGCUGAGGAUCUGAGCAAAGACUCCACCCCUCAGAUUCGUCAGCUGAUGACUCAAAGCUUUGUCAAACACUCCUGUCUUACCCCAUCCCAGACCAGGGAAUGUGAAGUAUAUCAGAGACCACAUGAAGAGACAUCUGAAGUGGGCCCAACUGCGCGUAUAUUUAGCCUACAGUGCAAGGGACGUGAAUGUUUUCAACAGCGUGUCAGAGCAAAUACACACAUACACGCGUGGCUUUUUAGCAUUUAUUUAGAGUAUAAUCUUGCUUGGCUCUAAAGAGAGUUUUUAGUUAUUUUUUUUAUCGUGCUGUAGGCACUCACUUUUGUUGACUUUUAUACGUUUUUUUUUUACAAAAAUAAUCCAUUUAUGUUUGUUCAUAGUUUCAUUCAUUGUAUUUACUUUUUUUUUUACUGAAUUGUGCGCUGAAACAUAGUUAGCUUUUCAGAAACUUUUCAGGUGUUUGCACCUAUAGGCAUUAGUAUUUAGAAGCAUGUGGUGUAAAAUGGUGCAUUACAGUUAUGGAGAAACUGAAAAUCCCAAUACUAAAUAAUACUAACUAAUUUUAUGCAGUGCUAAAAUUUAACUCUCUUAAAGAUUUGCUACUUUAGGUAUAUAAUCCUGUCUUGUGCUUCAGUUCUGUGUUAUUAUUUGAUGCAAAAAGUAACAGUACUACUACUCAUGCAUUUUCUCAAAUUCUAACAGUGUUAAUCAGUGCCAGUAUUAGAAAGAAAAAAUUAUAUAUUUAUUGGCUAAGUCUAAAAUUGCUUAAGAGAAAAUACAUAAUUUUUAUAUACCUAUUUGAAGGGUAUGUGUGGUCCUGUGUAGGUGUAUGUUAAAUCAGUUAUAGAAGACCUUUAUGCUAUAAACUUCCACUUAUUUUUUAUGUUUAAAAAUCAUAUAUAUAAGUGUGUGUGU